AGUGAGCUUGAGCAAUGUCUGAUUGAAUUGCAAGAGAAGUCUAGUGCCCUAGCAUUACACAAGGAAGAGUUGGUGAAUAGUGAAAAUUUGGUUGCAUCAUUGCAAGAAUCACUAUCACAAAAGACCUUGACUCUUGAGACAUUUGAACGCAUCCUAUCCCUGAUUGAUGUACCUGAGGAACUCCAAUCAGUGGAUAUUGUUGGAAGAGCUAGAUGGCUUGCUAAUGAAAGAAAUGAACUGAAGGGUGUUUCUUUGGACUUCUACAGAUUGAAAGGUACCAUUUGUGCAAUUGAUUUACCAGAAAAUAUCUCCUUUUCUGAUUUAGAUUCUCGCUUGGUUUGGCUUAAGGAAUCUUUUUACCAGGCUAAAGAUGAAAUAAAUAUGUUGCAAAAUGAAAUUGCUAGAACAAAGGAAGCUUCACGUAAUGAGAUUGAUCACUUGAGUGCUUCACUUUCAUCUGUACAACAAGAGAAGGAUUACAUUAAGGAAGAGUUAGAUCACCUCGGAAGUAAAUAUGAGGAAAUUGUUAGCAAGGCACGUCAGAUAUCAUCGGACAAGGAUCAUUUAAGUGCUUCACUUGCAGCAGAACUAACAGAGAAGGAUUAUAUUCAAAAAGAGUUGGACGACGUCAAAAGUAAAUAUGAAAAAGUAGUUGAGAAGGUCCAUCAACUUUCAUCAGAGAAAGAUCAGAUGUUAAGGAUGUUGGUAGAGGGUUCUGGAAUAAUGAUGAGGGAUCGAGAAGGGAUUGAAGAGACUUCUAAUUUACCCAUGCUAAUAGAUAGGUGCUUUGGGAAAAUAAAAGAACAAAAGAGUGCAACUUUGGAGAUUAUGGAUGCUGAACUAUUUGAAAAACUUCAAAGUCUCUUGUAUGUUAGGGAUCUUGAGUUGGUGCUUUCUAAGGACAUACUAGAAGAAGAUAUGCUGGUGAAGUCACGGUUCAGUGAUCUGUCAAAUCAGUUCAGAGUAACUUCUGAGGAACUCUUUGCACUGAAAGAGGAGAAAGAUGUUCUGCAAAAAGAUCUUGAACGAUCAGAGGAGAAAUCUGGUCUGUUGAGGGAGAAGUUGUCAAUGGCAGUUAAGAAAGGAAAGGGUUUGGUUCAAGAUCGGGAAAACUUGAAACUUCUUAUUGAGGAAAAGAACUCUGAAAUUGAGAAGCUGAGGCUUGAGUUACAACAGCAACAAUCUAAAGUUGCAGAGGGCAGGUAUCAGAUCAGUACUUUGUCUACUGAUUUAGAGCGCAUCCCAAAGUUGGAAAGUGACCUGGCAGCUAUGAAAGAGGAAAGCGAUCAACUUGAGAAAUUCUUACUUGAGAGCAAUAGCAUAUUGCAGAGAGUAGUUGAAUCGAUUGAUUGCAUUGUUAUUCCAGUUGAUUCAGCAUGCCAAGAGCCUGUAGAGAAGCUGAACUGGCUUGCUCGGUAUAUUGAUAAUUGUCAGACUGCAAAGACACAGACUGAUCAAGAAUUGAGGGAAGUAAAGGAAGAGGCUAGUAACCUGGCUGUCAAGUUAGCAGAAGCCCAAGAAACAAUGAAAUUACUGGAAGACAGAUUGGUUGUUGCAGAGAAUGAUUUGUCUCAACUUGCUGAAGAGAAAAGGGAGAUGGAAUUUGGUAAAAAAAAUAUAGAAAUAGAGUUGCAGAAAGCAAUUGAAGAAGCUCAUUCACAAACUAACAAGUUUGCUGAGACUUGUGAGGCUAGAAAGUCACUUGAAGAGGCAUUGUCAGUGGCAGAAAAUAAAAUAUCAUUACUUAUCAGUGAGAAAGAGGGGGUUCAAGGUAGCAGAGCUGCUGCAGCGAUGGAAGUGGAGAAAGUGAGAGAAGAAGUUGCUAUUCAGACCAGCAGACUCACAGAGGCAUAUAACACUAUAAAGUCACUAGAAAAUGCACUUUCUCAGGCAGAGACGACUGUUGCUUCACUAACUGAACAAAGGAACAAUGCACAAGUGGAAAUAACCAACUUGGAGAAUGAGCUGAAGAAACUAAAAGAUGAAAUUGAGACCCAGGUUGGCAAGCUGGCAGAUGCUGGCACAACCAUAAAAUUGCUAGAAGAUGCGUCGGCUAAGGCUGAAAAUGACUUUUCUGUGCUUCAAGGCGAAAAAAGAACUGCUGAUCUGGAGAUAUCGACUCUUAAUUCCAAACUGAAUGCAUGCAUGGAAGAGUUGGCUGGAAGCAGUGGCAGCUUAGCAAGCAGAUCCAUAGACUUGAUUGGUCAUCUCAAUAAUCUUCAAAUGCUUUCCAAAGACCAAAGUUUGUUGUCUACAAUGAAACAAUGCUUUGAAAGGAACUUGGAGCGCCUUAAAGAUUUGGAUCUUACCAUUAAAAACACAAGGGAGCAUUUGUUUGACAAGGAUUUGGAACAGGAUAUUGCUAAUCUAGCAAGAUGUUUCUCUGAUGUUAUUGAUAAUACCGUGAACUUUGAAAUGGAGAAUGAUGAAAUAAAUGCAAUAAAUGCUGGUGAUGUUUCUUCAUGUUUUAGAAGGGUUGCAGAAGGGUUCCAGUUGCGAAACAAAAUCCUUGCUGAUAGGUUUGAAGGUUUUUCAACCUUCCUAGAUGAGUCAAUAGCAGCCCUGUUAAAAAAAUUGCAGGGCACAAAGGAUGAGGUAAAAAGUAUGGUUGAGAGCAUGGAAUCCUUGAAACAAAAUGUCAAAAUCCUGGAAAUGCGGUGA